GAAAUUCCAGGGAUCUGAUUGGUCGCACCUGAUGAUGUGUUUGAGCUCACACACGUUUUCAAUUUGUUCUGAUUAGAGGCUCCACAUGGUGCUCAGUAGUAGAUCUUUCUGCUAAUUGUGUGGAGGUGAAAACAAGUUUAAACUCAACAAAUGAACUUAUUUCAGAGACUUUAGAACUGUUUUGUGUCAGGAUGAGUUCAGUUAUGGAUCUGACAAAGGAGCUGCCUGCUGACAUGGACCUGACCACUGAGGUUUUUCUCAGCAGUCCUACCAUCCAACAGGCCGAGCAGCCGAUGAUUCAGAUCUACCUCAGACU